AUGACGUCAGGUAUUCACAACUUCCCUUCCUUCCAUGGCUGCGUCAAACGUUUCUGGUAUGAAGAUGAGGACUCUUCUAUUCGGGCUUAUUCUUGGACUCCUUGCUGUGGUCCACUCGACACCUGUUAAUGAUGUGUCCGAGGUCCCCGCCAAAGCCUUGGAUGAAGUCCUCAGAGAGGCCGUGACGGACGGCUUCCUCGUCGAGAACCUUGCCCACCCUUCAGGCACGACUGGUUCGCCCGCGACUGGUUCGCCCGCGACUGACUCGCCCAUGGAGCAAACGACUGGUUUGCCCGCGACUGACUCGCCCAUGGAGCAAACGACUGGUUUGCCCGCGACUGACUCGCCCAUGGAGCAAACGACUGGUUUGCCCGCGACUGACUCGCCCAUGGAGCAAACGACUGGUUUGCCCGCGACUGACUCGCCCAUGGAGCAAACGACUGGUUUGCCCGCGACUGACUCGCCCAUGAAGCAAGCGACUGGCUUGCCCGCGACAAACUCAACCAUUCAGGCUUCCCAGCGGCCGUUCGCCGACUUCAUAGAGGGCGUCGCGAUUGAAGGCAGCGGAGGGGAAGCCAUCGAGGAGGCCACGACCUCCGUGUCACUCCACUUUGAAACCACGACAGUUUCACAUGCUUCGAGCGCCGCCUCCACACUGCCGCCAAGGGACGACUCUAGUUCAGUUUCAGCCGCCACCCAAAGCCCACUGUCCGGCUCGGCCCCGGUGCCGAACGAAACCCAGCCCAGCGCCACCCCGGACCACAUCUCGGCCUCGCAAACCACCGACCCCGCUGUCUCCACCUUUGGCUUCCCUAGCACCCAGGGUUCUUUCCCGGGGUCCGGGGAUGGAGAGAUGUUUGGCCUGUACUCCACCACGUCUACACACUCCAGUAUGACCUUCAGCGCAGAAACUAGCACCGCAUCUUCAACCUCCGCGACCAAACAAACGGUUCCUGUGCCGAUACCAGGAAGUGAAGGCUCUGGAUCGGAGGAAGGUUUGGAAGUGAUGCCAACAACUACCGCCAUAAAAAAUGGGCGACAGAUGUUUAUUGAAACAAACAACGGGAAAAUAUAUGAAUCUGUACCGGAAUCCUCCACAGCAGGAGGUACACCAGGGUGGAUGAUUAUCGUUGGUUUUAUUGUUGGUCUUGCAGCGCUGGUAAUGCUCUUUGUCGCCAUCGCCACUAGAGAGAGGUGGAAUGGACCGAGCCGGGCGUCACAGCUGGAGGACAAAACUAACGCCUCGAUCCAGCACAGGGAGGUGGAGAUGGAGACGUUCCUUCCAAACGACCGUCCCAAGGAGAACGGGCGCAGGGCAGAGUACACGGUCAUCCCCCUGGAGGAGCUUCCGGAGAAAUACUCGUCUCAUUGAGGGCUUCAGACGCGUGACCUUCUGGAGGCUUCAGACUCGUGACCUUCUGGAGGCUUCAGACUCGUCACAGAACCACAAAGACUGUAUUUGAAGCACAUUUCAUCCAAAACCGGUUGGGCCUGUUGACUUUCACAGUGCCGAGCCCAGUCCCCCAAAACUCUAAUAUCUUUACUUUGAGACGACAAUAUUGUGGUUAGUGUGUUUUUUAUUGUAUUAACUGUAGAAUACAAAAUCUGGGUGGGUAAGUUGCACAAAGGCCCCUUAUUUCAAGUUUUUACGUUUUUUUUUUUGUAAAUAAUGUUUUUAAACUUGCAGGUCUGUUGAUGGAUGAAAAAUUAUGUCCAGUAUGGUGAAAUUAAUUUUGUAUAUUGUCCUUUUUUAUUAUAAAUAUUUUAAAGUUUUUUUUUUUUAAUAACACAACUUACGACUGUUGUGCAUUGUAACUUAUAUUAAGCUGUUCUCUUUUUCGCCCCGCAAUCAAUAAAGAAACGUUGC